CAGGCACAAUUGACGGCGAUAUAAUGCAGCUCGCCCCAUCCAAAAAUGUCGCCACCGUCUUGUGCACGACCAUGCGAGCUGUCCCAGGCGCCGUUGUAAUAUGGACCAUCCUCAUGCGCCAAGUGGUGGGAUGGUGGGCAAAGCUUGGGGUCAUGCCGCUUCGCUCGCCUCCGAGCAGGGUAAGAAGGUGCCCGACCCGGCUCUCCUAUGAACUCUGCGAAAAACUUCAAAAACUUCCGUCUUUGGCGCUGGCCGUAUUCCUCAUCAAGCCACACCAUAUGUUUGUUCAGCCUUCCUGGCUUAUCGAAGUUCGUCCGAAUGAUCGACGGAAGAAAUUCUCCCUUGUGUGGAUAGCCCUCCUUACGUGUCUUGUCGUCAAUCAUGUACAAAACUUGGAACAUGAAUCCCAGACCUUUCCUGAGAAAGUGUUUGUUGCCAUACAUAUGGCUCGUUGUCAGGAGGAAGAAAUCAUGCAGCUUCUCCGCAUUCUUGAUGGUCGCGAUUGCCUCCAAGGUGACGGCAUCAUGUCGACCUGAAGUAGCAGUACCAUCACGC